CUCCAGACGCAGCCUCUGCUGCAGAGACCCAAUCCCGACACAUAACAAAGUAUUUGGUCUGUUGUGCAUCGGGUAGACACACAGGACUGAGAGGUGAAUGAAACACAAGGACAAACGUCAGCAGGGGGAUCUCCAGGGGAAUCUGAUAGUUUAUACAAGUGGCCGUUAUGGAAUCUAUCCUCCUCCACCCUUCACUACAGAGAGGCAGAACCAACACUUUAUUUAUCUCUGUGAUGAUGGUGCAACAGAGAGGAAGAGGGCAGAUUAGCAUGGAUAAUCCAGUGGGCGAUGACUACGACUACCAUGACAACAGCAGCUUCAACUUCAGCUACGAUGACUACCCCACCAUAUGCGAGAAGGCGGACAUCCGAUCCUUUGCCGGCUACUUCCUCCCCAUCAUGUACGCCAUGUGCCUGCUGGUGGGACUGGCGGGAAACGGCUUAGUGGUGAUCGUGUACGCCUACCACAAACGCCUGAGGACCACCAUGGAUGCGUUCCUGACCCACCUGGCUGUGGCCGACCUGCUCCUGCUCUUCAUGCUGCCGUUCUGGGCCGCUGACGCCCAGAGGGGCUGGGAGCUCGGGUCGGUCGUGUGUAAGGUCGUGUCGGCCUGCUACACGGUCAACUUCACCUGCUGUAUGCUGCUGCUGGCCUGCAUCAGCCUGGACCGCCACUUGGCUCUAGCCAGGGCGCAGGGGAAGGACCGAGGAAGCUGGCUGCAGAGGAUGUUUUGCAGGAGACACUGUUCCAAGGUGUGUGUCGUCGUCUGGACAGCCGCUUUCAUGCUCGGCCUUCCUGAUUUAAUUCUCUCCGAGGUGAGGUGGGGCUCUAAUCGGAACGUCUGCCUGGCAGUCUACCCUCCGUCUAUGGGCGUAGGAGGUAAAGCUGCCCUGGAGAUAGCAGAGGUGCUGCUGGGCUUCCUGGUUCCCCUCUUGGUCAUGCUGGUCUGUUACUGGAGCAUGGCCCGAGCGCUGAAGGGUCUCCCUGUAGAAAGCAGAGGCAAGAAGUGGAAAGCUCUGCGUGUUCUUCUGAUAGUGGUGGGAGUGUUUGUGGUCACACAGCUGCCUUACAAUGUGGUGAAAGUCUAUCGGAUGAUGGACACGGUCUUCGCUCUGGUGACCCACUGCGGGACAAGUAAAGUGCUGGAUAAGGCGGCUCAGGUGACGAAGAGCCUGGCCCUCACUCACUGCUGCCUCAACCCCAUCCUCUACACCUUCGUGGGCUCGUCCUUCAGGCAGCACCUGACCAAACUGGCAAAGAGGUUUGGUGAGGGGAGAAGAAAGAGGAGGACGAGGAGAAACGACGUGUCUGCAGAGGGGGAAGCGAUGGAGAUGUCCUUCAACUCCCACAGUGCAUCUCAAGCAACAAACACUUUCUCAAUAUGAGUUACUAGUGUGCAACAAUGAACAUCUUCACAUGGAUCACAUAUUUAGUAUAAGUAGCAUAAGAGCGGAUUCAGUUACUGUGUACAAAACAGCAGCAUUGGAAACAUGUAAAACCCAUUAAGUACAAAACUGUAUAUCCCUCGCUGUCAAAAAUAAGAGGUUGGUAUUUUAAAUGUAUCUGCUGUAUUAAUGUAUAGCUUCAAGCAACUAUAUUUGUUUCUGUCAAGUGAUUAACAAAUGAAAAACACAUUUGUCUUUAAUGUUUGUUUGGACUGUUUUUAAUUAUCUUUUUAGUCUAAAGAAUCAGAAAUAUUCCUGGCUGGAUGCUUUACAUGCAAAUUGUGUUUAUUUUGUAAUGAUCCUGUUUUUUGUCCAGAAUUAUUAUAAAAUACUCUGGAUAUCAGUAUUCACAUUCAAUUCAAUGUAUGUGACCUGUGUACUCGUGAGCGCAUACACUACCUAAGUAUUCAAGACUGGAAGUGAGGGUGUCAGGACAGGACUUUUGAUUCCACGCCACAGACACGAAACUGUUUAGUUCCACUUUUCUUUAAACUAAGGCCCCGGAUCUCUUCGCUUAGACCAUGACUUCCAGGAAAUGAGAAUAAAUCGAAACCCUGUGGGAUUCCAUUCCCUCUCAUGUGGUUAAGUCCCAAUUUAGUUGCUUCCUGGAUUCCUGAAGCUUCCCUUCUGAAUAUUUGAAAACACAUGUACACCUCACAUUUUCCUAUGAGCAGACAGCCAAACUCCACAAGAGAGUGAAAAACCACCUAUUUGUGAAGCGAUGAUUAAACCACUAACAUAUUGUAUUUUCAUUGAUGCAAAUCUUGUUAGAUCAUUACAGAUGUUUUCCUUUAACACUAAUGAUGUUGUUCUUUUCCAAACCAGUUUAAAAAUCCACUUGUUUAAAAUCUCUAAUUGUAAAUUCAACAUAAAUACCAGCUACAUAGUUUAAUGAGUGUGUUUUAUAAUCCAAGUAUUAGAUGCACUGUUUUGGUGUUUGUUAUGUCUGUCACCGGGAUGGAAAAGAUUAAGUGAUUCUCAAAGUCAUGCUCUGGCAUGUGCAUCAUCUCAUGUGGAAACCAUUUCACUGAGGUUUACCAUCUGCUACACUUUGUGUUUCAAGGGUCUAAAAUAACAAAACAGAAACCAUGUUGAAAUGACUCCUUCCUCCUUUCCAAAUCAGACGAUGAUAAUUACUUGUGAGAAAAGAAAAGUUCUUGCGUUGAGAUUGAAUACAUUUAUUGAAAAUGUGCAAAGAAACGACAAAAUCGCAACAAAAACAUGGCUUCUUGACUUAAAAAAUAUAUAUAAAUAUUCAAAAAGCCACCUAAGGCUUGUAAUAUUUAUUGUGUGUGAUAAGAAACAUGGAUAAUUAACUUUCUAAAUUACAAUUAAGGCAGUCAACCAGCUUCAGUUUCAAAUUAGAACAAAGAAUUGUAUUUUCUUAAAUUAAGUAAAAAAAGUAAAUAUACAUAAAUGUAAAAUAAUCUCAAGAUUAUUUUAAAACAAAAAAACUCAGAGGCCUAGAUUGGCAGUGACACAAUAGAAAAGAAAACUUUCUGGCAUUUUUCACAAGAACAAGGUUACAAAAAGUAACCAAAACUUUAAGUCCUUAAAUACAAUAUGACAUAACUAUAAAUCUGUUAACACGGUUUGGUUUCCUUGAAAACAAACAUACUUACCCUGAACUAGAUCAUCAACCCUGUAUCCAACAUUCGAAAAAAGCCAAUACUGAAUACAUGUUUUUGUAAAAAUCCUCUGGCGAUUAACACUGUCACAGUCACAAAUGUGGAUAAACUGCAGGAAAUAAAUGUGUCUUCAAUUCUCUUUUCAAUGGAUGUGGAAAAAUACAAACUUCACAUGGAAAAGAAUCAGUAGGAUGCUACAGGGUCUGUCCUGGUUUCUUCCAGUAAGGCACUAACUUUCCCUGUGGAAUGUUGGAACUGAACCACAUGGUAAAACUUUUAAGGACUGCUUUCGACAUAGGGAAUCUUGGCUCAGUAAAUAUAUAUUAAGUUCUUCUCAUUCAGGCACUUUGUAUAUGUUGACUGUAGGCAGUGUUGUAAAUUGAAAUAUUCUGGUGCUCAGCUGUGAACUCUUAUCUGUGCAGUAUGCAUAUUUUUUUUUUUUUUAAACAUAACAAUGAUGUUAAAGUAACAGCUAUGCAACUAUAACAAAAAUGGGGGAAGGUGUGUUUGAAGUGACUUUUCGGAUUGUAUAAGCUCACAGGAGAGUCCAAUAUCAGCCGUCAGUAAUUUAGGAUCUGCAUGUCGAACAGGUCACACACGCCCUCGCUGUCGUCCAGAUUGAAGCUGUAGUCCAUUCCUGUGUGAGGAGAGAAAUAAAUGAGACAGAUAUAGAGUCAAAUGGAUGAUUAAGCACGAUAUGCAUUGGGGUCGUGGAUACAGUGUGAUUGACAGGUAGCAUGUUAAACAAACAUGUUCACCUCCCCUGAAAAUGUUAGAUUUGCUGACUUUUAGUGGUUUAAAUUUAAACUGCAGCUCCCAUGAACGUCUCUGCCGAGCGUGGGAAACUAAUGACAACCGAUUUUGAUUCUAAUCAGACUGAGUCUCACGGCGGUGAAACUGGUUUGUUCACCAGGUUUCUAAACUUGAAUAAUAAGUACUAUUAUAAUAAUGAUUGAGAUUCUUACCAUCAGCAGACAAGAGCUCAUCAAUCAGAUCAACAGCAGCUACAAGAAAAUAAAAAUCAGCAUGUUUUUAUGUUUCACAGGAAGUUCUCUACCAAAGUAUAAAUAUAUUAUUCUGUCUCGUCCUGAAGCUUAGAAUCAAAAGGCCUGAGCCUCACUGCCUGAUUCGAUUACAGAAUAAAGUCUGUUUCUGGUUCACA